AUGGCAGAGUGGAAUAAGAAUGUUAGGUUAUUGCGAACGUUAAACGAUGAUCAUGAAGGAAAAUUUGCUGCAGUUGAGGGUGAAGUUGAAGAUGGAGAUGGUGAAAAGAAAUCGGCGGUGCUUCUGUUCGAGAAAACACCUUUUCAGUUCGACGAUUUGGUUAAAUUAAUGCAAGAUGAUGAAAAGCAGUUUAAAGUCGAUUUCAUUAAUGAUGUUUAUCAUAAAUAUACCGUCGAAGCACGAUCAGCAUGCAACGAUGUCAAAUUAGCGUAUAUUUAUCCAGCAGCGCCACUACACAUAAAAAAGUAUUCUAAGAAAGAGUUUUCAUUGAUUUGCGAAACGUCACAACGUUAUGAAACUAUUGUUCGACCGUAUAUCGAAAAAAAUCAAUUAAACGCACAAUGGGUUUAUAAUAUUAUCGAUGGGAAAUCAGAACGUGAACGAAUUCUCCUGGAAAACGAUCAAUUCAUUAUUCUACCGGAUAUUAUGUGGGAUGGAAAAGCCAUAGACUCCUUACACAUCCUCGGUCUUGUCAAAUCCCAUGAUAUUCACAGUAUACGAGAUUUAAAACCCGAACAUAUUCCACUACUUGAAUCGCUACUUGCCAAGACGAAAGAAUUCCUUUCUUCGAAAUAUGGAAUUUCACCAAAGACGAUUCGAGCAUUUUUUCACUAUCCACCGACGUUUUAUCAUUUACAUGUUCAUUUCACUGCUUUACGAAACCGACUAUGCGGCUGUGAAGUUGAACGUGCACAUCUUGUUGAAGAUGUCAUCGAUCAUUUAAAAUUACAAAGUAAUUAUUAUCAAAUCAAGACAUUGUACUACAAAGUCGCAGUCAAUGAUCCAUUAUACAAAUUAUUAGAAGAAGAAGAUAAGGCAUAG